AUGGCCGUUUGUCCAUCUCUUAGCGACGCCAACCAGGCAAAGCCGGUUGUUGGUGACCUCUCGUACCAUACCUUGACGACUUAUGUUUCUGCGGGGACCACUAUCUGCACAUGGAUACUGUGCAGCAUCCUCACUCUUGCACAUCUCGUCAGAUAUGCAGAGCCGAGACAGCAAAGACAAAUCUUGCGUCUUAUUUGGACGCCAGCAGUAUUCGCCAUCUUCAGCUUCUUCGGAGUCUGGCAUUACAAUCUUGCCAACUACCUGACUCCUAUUGCCGAGCUAUACGAAUGCUUCGCACUCAUUGCCCUUUUCUUCCUGUUGAUUGCCUACCUCGCGCCAGAGUCCUUUGAAGGACAGCGUCAGUUCUUUGCCACUCAUGCUGGGACGGUCAAAUCUUCCGAUACUUCGAAUGUCGACUGGUUCCGCAAGAUUUGGAUCACCGUGAUACAGAUCUUGCCAACACGAGUGAUAACAGUCAUCGCCACGGAAAUUGUCGAAGCAACACAGUGCCAAGGAACGAAGAGGUAUCGUCGGGCGAAUACCAUUAUCAGCAUCGUCCAGGGCGUCCUGACAGCGAUCUGCGUGAUCGGGAUCUCCAAGUUUUACUUGAGAUUCCGCAGCGAACUUCACGCUGCCGAUCGACGAAUCUUUUUCAAGAUGGGUGCAUUCAAACUCGUCGUCUUUGUCCAGCUCCUACAAAGAAUCAUUCUCAACGCCUUGUCACAGAGUGAUGCUCUCAAUCCCACCGAGUCUCUGAGCUAUAACGACCUCAAUCUUGGCCUGAACUCAUUCCUCACCUGCAUGGAGACUUUUAUAUUUGCUGUUCUCUUUGUCUGGCCCUUCUGGCCACAGAGGACAUCCACAAAUUCCAAGGCUGGAGUUAUUUCGGCAGCUUUGGACGCAGUCAACCUUGGAGACAUCUUUGCCGGGAUCGUUCGUGCUGGAAGGCUCUAUCGCGGAAAGUCCUCGGUAACGACGGCCAGUCAUCAAAGUUGGUAUGCGGGCGAUAACCGAUCUGGACAUGCGCAGCAACAGGAAUUCGUUGGGAACAAAUUGGAGAGCGAUGACGGUAGCUAG